CUUUCCCUCACGCCAUCAAACCAACCGUGCCGUUCUUUGCUCAUACCCUAUCCAUGCAGAUCUAUCUGAGGCUAGACGAUGGGGACACAGUCGAAGUGCCGGAGCCUUGCCGAUCUGCCCUUGGGAUUCAAUGCCACCUAUGAAGGCGGGCACUCUGGAUCUGUGGGGAUGAUGACACGAGCACGGCGGCGGCGCCUCCUUGCCGAAUCUUCCGAGCGCUUGGGGACGAAGAGAGCGCUUGUAGAUCCGGUGGUCGCCGGCCCUCGGGAAUGGAGGCACUGGGCCAACCUGGUACCUGACCUCGUCGAGGAGAUAGCUGGCCGGCUGCUCGCCCUCGAUGUCGCCGAGUACCUCCGCUUCCGCGCCGUGUGCAAGCCGUGGCGCGACCUUACCGACGACCCGCGCGCCCGCGGCGCCCUGGACAGCCGCUUCCGCCCCCGCAAUUGGAUGGUUCUCUCCAUAACCCCCGACGCCGGGCCCCGCCGCCGCCUCCUCAACCUGGCCACGGCCGCCUCCAUCGGCGUCCACCUCCCGGCGCUCUCCACCCACUGCCACCUGGGCGUCGCCGACGGCCUCCUCGUCCUCUUCCACAGGGCCACAAAGGCAAUCCGCCUCCUGGACCCUCUCAGCAACGCCGUCACUGACUUCCCCGCCAUCUCCUGCAUCGUCCCCGGCGGGUCCCCCUCGACGCCGCCGGACCGCCUCCCCGCGGUGUUCCGGGAUCCCAGGGGCAUCAGCACUGGUGUGAUCGACGGCGCCGGCUUUGACGACUCCACCUCCCCACCCACCCUCCUGCUGUGCCUGAGGGACGGUGUGUCUAACAUCGUCUUGGCCAAGCUCGGCGACGCGUACUGGACGCUGCUCAGCCCGGGUCAGGCACGCUACAGGUUGUACGACUGGCAAGGCAGGGCCCUGUUCUGCUCCAUGCUGUCCCUGGGAGGGCGCUGCUACGUCACCACGCCGGAGGGGUCCGUCUACGUGGUGGAGCUGCGGCCGCUGCCUCGGCUGGUUGCAGUAGUCGACCAGCGCCACGUGUGUGCACCUGAUACCAGUCACUUGAAGCGCAUACUCUCCUUCCUGGUCGCUGGCGGUGACGGAAGGAUGCUUAUGGUGCGGUACUGGAGAAAUAUCGAGCACUUCGGCGGCAGCGGAGCCUACAAACGGACGGAGGUAUUCACGUUAGGCGGCAUCACUGGCCGCAUGGAGCUGUUGGAGGUGGACAUCGCUGGGAGGAGGCUCCUUUCUGUGCAGAGCCUUGGCCGCCAUGCGGUGUUCAUCGGCACGACGCACUGCGUGCUCAUCUCCACCGAGAUGUUCCCCUCUAUUGCUACCGAUGCAAUAUACUUGGGCUAUGGAAUGCAGUUCAGCUAUCUAAUGCAGGUCAGGUUCAGCGUCUAUCAUCUGAACAAUAGUAGGAGGAAGACUGAACCGCCGCAUGAGUUCUGUGUUGUCGGUGUCGAUAAAGAACAUAGAGAUAGGAGGAUAGUUCCUUGUGCCAGGCCCUGCAACCUUGACGAGUAUCUUGUCUGCUAUGUUGACCGUAGACACAAGGGCAGCUAUUUAUGCAUCAAUCACACAACUCAUUGCAGACUAGAGAGAAAAUGGUGGCCAUCUACUUAACUUGGAAUGUAAUAUUAUCAACAUUGUGUCCUGUC